AGUGCGUUGUCGGCAUCGCACACCACAGCGAUGGGACGCAUAAGAACCAAGUCGAAGAGAACGAUACCGACAGUCACCAAUGCUCCGGCAUCAACCCCUUUGACAGCGACGACACAAGUACCAUCUAUCCAAUCAUUGCUCUCAAAAGCACAGGAACUGAUUGUGCAAUGCGAUUAUGACCUUGCAAGAAAAUUCAUCCAGAGAGUAUUGGUACGAGACGGGGAUGGGGCGGCUGGUGCAAGCAAAACAGACAGGUCACAGGCUCGGGAGAUGCUAGGAGUGGUACUAUUGGAACUUGGGGAAGUUGAUAAAGCGCGAGAGACUUUUCUUGCAUUGUUUCCUCCACAUCCCGAUGCCCCUUCAAUACCUCCACCGUCAGCUCACUUAUAUCUCGCCCAACUGAGUGAAGAAGAUCCUCAUGGCGCUCUCAAUCACUAUCAAGCUGCAGUAGAAAUACUGCAGGUGCAACUUAAAGGCAAAGAACCUGCACGAAAUGCAGAUCGUAGUGCGGACGAUGAUGAAUCAGAGAUACGAAGUAAUAUCGUUCGUGCGUAUGCUGGGAUGGUGGAGAUCUGGAUGGAUCCAACGUAUGAUCUCUGCUUCGAUCCCAGCGCCGAGAAAACUUGCGAGAACCUAUUGGAGCUUGCCCUACAGGCAGAUCCGGGUAACCCGGAGGCUUUGCAGACCCUUGCCUCUGUUCGUAUGUCGCAGGAGCGCCCUGAUGAUGCCAAGGCGUGUAUUGAGCAGGCAUGGCUUAAAUGGAAAGACCUUGAACUCGAUGAUCCACUCAUGCCACCUCUACCUUCUCGUCUUGCAACUGCCAAGCUCUUCCUUGAACUAUCACUUUUCACACCUGCAUUACUUGUCCUACAAGGUGUGCUCGCAACCGACGACCAAGAGGUCGAAGCAUGGUAUCUAGAAGGGUGGGCAUUUUUCCUCAUGGCUGAGCAAGCGCGGGAGACAGGUCAAUCUAUCGAAGGGCUGAGUUGGGAGGAACUUGCGAAGGACUCCAGAGACUGCUUGGAAUCAUGUCGCAAUUUACACAUGAGUCAAGAGCACCCAGAUAGUCAGCUUCUGGAGCACGCGAUGGAAUUGAUUGGAAAUUUGGACAAGCUUGGGAUCCAGCCCUCUCUCCCUGGUGAAGCUGAGGAAGAAGAUGAAGGCUGGGAAGAUGACAGCGAGGACGGUGAUAGGGAUGGAGACGUUGAAAUGGCUUAGUUGCUAUCUAGAGGUUUCAACACUAAAAAUGCUGAACUCCGAGUCUCAAAUGCAAUUGGCAUGCAUGCUAUAUAGACACCCCAAAUGCUCUGGGCUUCGCUGUAUAAACAAUAUCAAAAGUACUUUACACCACCAUCAAUGUCGUUACCGUUUCU